CCAUUUCAAGUCAUGUGUGCUACAUCGACCAAUGGGAGGUGGACCGUGAAUUUAAAAACGAUUCGCGGUACCAGCUGUACAAGUUUUCGUACCAAAACAAGUUUGUGAUCUGGGAGCAGCUAGCGGCGACUAUCACAGAGGACUGAGAUGGCCAAUAUAAUCUUUGCAGAGCGGGAAAAUGCAGGUCUCCAUGCACCUACACAGAAAAUGAGGCAGCGGCUUCAGUCUGCUCCAGAGAAACUAGUCAAAUCUCCUACAAAACCAUUCAGCACCCCCUUGCCAUCUGGACGUAAGGCUUUUGGCUGCCUUAACGUAAAAGUCUCGACCCCUGCCAUCAGCAAACAAGAGAAGAAACUCCUAAAACAGCCACCAGUUUGCCUUGAGGAAACAAAAGCCAAAAAUGCACCUCAAGCCAAUGUGGAGUAUCCAGAAACUGAGAAGUUGUUCUCUUAUGACCCACUAGAGUACUUGAGGUAUGACGUACCUGAAGACUUGAUUCCUCUAAGUAAACUUGCUUUACCUGGACUCGCCUGUUUCUCACAAGUACCUGAUAUGUGUGAGGAUGACUUUGAAGAGCUGGCACCACUCCCAAACCCACCAGCUGUGACUUUGAAACAUUCAGGUAUCAACUUUUGGUCAGGGGCAAAGAACCCUAUUUCAAGCACCUGGUUUGAUUCAAAGAACCACUGCAGUGGUUAAUAAUAAACAUGCAUUACUAUGG